GUGCUCCUUGCACAAACCAUGUGGCUGGGUGGGCUUGCAAAGGUUACAGCUGGUGGUCACGCUGGGCUGAAAUGUCGUCUCUGUUCACACAACGAGGCUUUUCUUCCAGCCACAGCGUCCCAGACAGCUAUGUACCUUGAAUGCAUUUAAAUGGACUUUGCCUUGUUUGUUGGAAGGAUGUAAGGAAUGAAGUUUAGGAUUUAACUCUGCGUGUGCACUUAGCUGCUGCACAUAUCUCUUGCAAAAGGAAAUUCUGUACCACAAAAGUACAGCCAUUAUGAUCCAAGAACGUCUAUGUAUUUGCAAUGUGACCAUUGCCCACCAGGAACAUAUGUUAAGCAGGACUGUAGCACUGAGAAGAAUACGGAGUGUGCUCCUUGCCCUUCCCAUCAUUACAAUGACAGGUGGAACUCCAACACAGAAUGCCAGUUCUGCAAUGUGGUCUGCAAAGAGCUUCAGUAUGUAAAGCAACAAUGCAACAGCACCCACAACAGGCUGUACGAGUGUGCUGCAGGGUUCUAUUUGGACCUAGAAUUCUGUGUACCUCACAAAAAGUGCCACCCUGGUUAUGGAGUUGCACAAGAAGGAACACCUGAAAGUGACACUGUUUGUAGACCAUGUCCUGAAGGAACAUUCUCGGAUUCAACAUCAGCAACUGCAAGAUGCCAGAAACACACAGACUGCAAAAAGUUGGGCAUCAAGGUGGCCUACCAGGGUGAUUCAGACCAUGAUACACUGUGUCAGCCUGAAGGAUCAUUCUGUGAAAUAGACAUCACACUUUGUCAAGAAGCUUUUUUCCGAUUCGUUCCUAACAACUGGUUAACAGCCAUUGCGCAAAGACCGCCAAGCACCAUGGUUUCAUCUCAAUAUAUAGAAGGUGUUCAAGAGAAGCGGGACCCCCAGGAACAUGCCUUCCACUUGUUUAAAUUAUGGAAAGAUCACAACAGAGAAAGUGAAUCAGGCAAACACUUGUUUCAAGAUCUCCAAGUUUGUGAGAAAAAAGUAUCAAAACAUAUCGGCCGUUUGAACGUGACCGCUACACAAUUGAGGACCUUAAUGAAAAGCUUGCCAGGAAAUAAGAUCAGCAAACGGGAGUUAGAGACCACAGUAAAGAUUUGCAGGCAACCCGACCAAGUCUUAAAGCUCCUCAAUUUGUGGAGGAACAAAAAUGGCGGCGAUACCAUCAACCUCCUAAAGGUCAUCAAAACUAAUCGACUUCAAAAAAUGUUGCGCAGGACCAUUAAGAAGCUUGAACAAUUUCUCAAUAGCGAUGAAAUGUACAGACUGUACCAGAAACUGCUUUUGGAAAUAUUUGGCAGCCAAACACAACCUGCUAAGGUGGACUUUAAAUAGGUGUUCUUUUAUCCGGAAACUGGAAUUCUAUUCUGUUGCCUACUGAAUAAGCUCUUAAUUUAUAAAUAUAUAUUAUAUAUAUGAGUGUGUAUGUAUAAACAUAUAUAUGUAGAUAAAUAUAAAAUAUGUGAGUGGAUGAGUAUUUUUUUCAUAGGUGACCUCAUGACUUGGAAGUUUGCCAGUGUGCGUGUGUGAGUUUGUGUGUAUUUACUACAAGGAAUCUUUUCCUGUGGCCACAUAGAUUGAAGAGUUUACUUUAUGAAUCCCACAUCAUUUCUCUGUAUUUAUUACCCUUUUUUUAAUUAUAGAAAUGUGUUUUAACUUAUUUGAAUGAAGUUCCAUAUUUGGUUGGAUGUAUGUUCCAGCUGUGUCAAUUCUCACAUCUUCUUUCUUACUGUCCUUGUACUCUCGUGUAGUUGUUCUAGAUUCAUGUUCUAGAUGUUUUUUUCAUUGAUCUGUAUGUGAUUUUAUUUACAAAGAAGUAAACCCUUGACAAGUAA